GUCAUUCCUGUAGUUAUUCAGAAAGCUGUAUGAAAGAGGUGGGAAAUUUCAGAUAUUUUUCAUUUUAAAAAGGCACCCUUAGUUCACACUCAGACUACAGAGUCAGCAAACAAAGACAAAACCUUUUGCUAGACGAAAUAGCCAGAGAUUUUUCACAACAGUUUUAGGAUGACUGGACAAGAGAAGCCAAGUGCCCCCAGGGGUACUGAUUGUAUACAGGGCCUGUGGAACAUAGCAGUUAAAUAGAGGGAGAAAAUAACUUGGAAAAAGAAGUGAAUUUUCCUCUUGUGGGUGUAAAAUAGAGACUGUGAUGGGUGCUGGACAGAGACCUUUUCUUCUGCUUCUGAUGCAGUGAGAUAUACAGAAUUAAAGCCUGUUAUUUGUCUAUCCUGAGCUUAGCACUUCACUAGAGUUAGGGAGGGGAGAUUGCCAGCCUCCUCUGCCCAUGCACUCUCUUGCCUUUCACUGACGGGUGCACCUGGUCACACUGUGUUGGUUCUAUGCUGUAUUUCCUUCCAGCAUUCGUCUCUGGCUGCAUGGCAAGGCUUGUGGCAGAGAAGGCCCCCACGUGAUGAGCUCCCUGAUUGACACCUCUUACCUCCAGCUGGCUUCCUUUGCACUGGGGACAGUAGGCUGGAUUCUAUGCACCAUUUCCAUGGGACUUGUGGAGUGGAGAGUGUGGCAUGUGGACAACACCACCAUCAUCUCCUCUGGCAUCGCCUGGGUGGGGAUUUGGAAAGUCUGCUUCAUCAGUUAUAUUCAUGUCUCACCUGGCUAUGAAGAGCAGUUCUGCCAUAAAUUCAGUGGUUAUGACUCCUCCAUCCCUGGCGAAAUCUAUGCUGCUCAGGGUCUCCUGGUGAUUGCCAUGGUCAUGGGAUUGCUGGGACUGAUCGCCACAAUAUGUGCUCUGAGAAAUAUUUAUAUGGGAAUCAGUCGUAAAACUGCCAUUACCCGUUUCUUCCUGGUGGGUGGCUUCUUCUACGUAUUUGCUGGUCUGUGUGUCCUGAUUCCAGUGAGCUAUAACUUCUAUUCUGUAACACAUAACCAGAGCAUCGCCUUCCCUCCCUCCUACCUCAUGCCCUCCAGCCCCGUGGCACAGGAAGCUGGUGCUGCCAUUCCCAUUGGGAUUAUAGCUGCCAUCCUGCUGCUGCUGAGCGGGGUCUUUUCUCUCUCCUAUAGAUUUCCUGUAACCACAAACACAUGAAAUCCUGAUGGGAUGAAUUGCACCAUACAUUUUCAGAGUAUGGUCAAAAUAUAAGGAUGGCAGCACAAGUGGUUCUUCAGACAAGAAACUACAGCAUUGUAGUCCACAGUAGCCAGCAUAUGUUGUUAUAAGACUGAACUAUCAUGUUGAUUGCCAUGUGUGACCAGAAGUUUGUCUUUGAGAUCAUUGCUGUUGAGCAGCAAUGCUAAUUAUUAAGCUUUAUCAGUUGUCCUCUUCAUAUAUGUAUAUACAAACUCUAUUGAUUAACUUAUUUUUUGUGCCAGAUAUUUACUGUGUUCAAAGAGCCGUCUCUGAUUUCAUUGUCCUAUUAGAAAUACGUGGAACAACACAUGUGCAAUACAUGGAAUGACACGUGAAAUGUGAUUUUGUUUCCUUCUUUGUACUAAAACAUUUUGUCCAUUGUUAAUAUCUGUAGCAAAGUACAUUUUGUGGCAAGUUGAGACUUUUGAUACAAACAAAAUAAGUGUCAUCAUGAUUGUGUCAAAUGAGUGUUUGUUUCCUGAAUUGUCUUACAAAGAUAUCUAGCCAAUUUCCCCUCUUGCUCCAGGGCACAUAAAGAGC